AGCCCGCCGCUGAGGGCAGCCAAUUCGCUUCCAGCCGUCCACUGCUUCGGCCAGUCAUCGAGCAGGGAGCCCGGAAGCCCGAGCAGGGCUAGGGGAGGGGCGGGGCGAAGGUGAGGCCAGCCCAUCAGGUAGCGUCAUUGCCAAAGCAAAGCCAAUCACCAGUCAAGCCUAUUCUGAAGCCAAAGGGGGCGGGACGAGAAGUUCAACAUGCCAGUGCCUGCUUAGAGAAAGCUUUGGGGUUGCGGGAAGUCUAGUAGCUGGGGGUAAAGCGCCUGAGACCUGUGUAUCAGAUUGCUUAUAGGACACCUCCACCUGGAUAAACCUAAACAUCUAAAACCUUCCCUCAAGACUUACCUCCCUCAAUCCAGGUUGGGCAGACCUCACAAAUGUCACUUCUUUUUGUUUGUUUGUUUUUUGCGGUACGCGGGCCUCUCACUGUUGUGGCCUCUCCUGUUGUGGAGCACAGGCUCCGAACGCGCAGGCUCAGCGGCCAUGGCUCACGGGCCCAGCCGCUCCGCGGCAUGUGGGAUCCUCCCAGACCGGGGCACGAACCCGUGUCCCCUGCAUCGGCAGGCGGACUCUCAACCACUGCGCCACCAGGGAAGCCCAUAAAUGGCACUUCUUUAGUCACCCAUUCUGGGAUUGUCCAAGCCUGUCUCCGAGUGGGGCCGGCCGGAAGGACAACGCUUCCCACAAUUCCCUACGAUCUGGUGCGACCAGCACCCAGGAACUACAACUCCCAGGAUUCUGCACGCGCCCCGGGGGCGGGGCCUUCUGGCGGCGACUCCCACGAAAAGGAGAUGGCAGAGGGGUCAGGGUCUCGGCAUCGCUCGCUGUAUAAACUGAUGGGCUCGCCGCCUUGGAAAGAGGCUUUCAGGCAGGGAUGCCUGGAGAGAAUGAGAAACAGCCGGGACAGGCUCCUAAACAAAUAUCGCCAGGCUGGAGGCAAUAUGUCAGGAGGAGCUCAGAACACCUUUCUAGUGCAGGAGGUGAUGGAAGAAGAGUGGAAUGCUUUGCAGUCGGCGGAGAGCCGGCCAGAGGCCUUGGCUCAGUUGGAGGAGCCGCUGGACCUGGCCGUGCUGGAGGAAAUCCAACAGGAGCUGAUUGAUCAAGAACAGUCCAUCAUCAGUGAGUACGAGAAGAGCUUGCAGUUUGAUGAAAAGUGUCUCAGCGUCAUGCUGGCUGAGUGGGAAGCAAACUCCCUCAUCUGUCCUGUGUGUGCAAAGUACAAUCUGAGAAUAGCAAGCGGUGUGGUCAUGUGUCAGUGUGGCCUGUACAUCCCAUCUCAUUCUCCAGGGGUGACAGAGCAAAAGUUUCGCGCCUGUUUAGAAGACAGCGUGAAUGAGCACAGUGCAUGUUGUCCCCACACGCCGGCAUUUUCCGUCACUGAAGGAACAGAGGAAAAGCCCAGUCUUCUCAUGAGCUGUCUGGUACGCCUCCCACAGGACCCAGUGGUAAAAGCGGGUCGGUGGUUGGUUUUAUUCCCACCCUGGUAGAAAUAGCUUACAAAGAGGUAAAUGUUUAAAAAUGCAGUUUAUUCUCUGAGGAACUUUACUUGCAUAGAAAAGUGAAGUCACUUCAGUUAAAAAGGCCAGUCAUUCCCCGAAAGGGGAGGGACAGAGGCAGCCCAGCUCGUGGAAGGAGCAGCAUAAAUGUCAUUACUGGUUGCAACUUUUAACCACAUAUUGACAUUGCUUUUGUAACUGGAAUAUAAUUCAAGCUAACUUUUUUCUGUUUAAAUUCAGGCUUGUGAUACUUGGACUGUGAUCCUCUAGAGCCAGCCCUGAUGCACACGAUCUACUGGGUUGGAAACAAGUUGUGUCUUGAGAAGGGGCCUUGUAAAUACAAAUCUGUCAUUUAUAACUUAUUUUGUAUUAAAACGUUUCAAAGUUU